AUGUACGGCCCGCAGCAGGGCCACGGCUCUCGUCUCAAUGGCGUUCCUGGAGGGCGCGCCAUGGCGCCGCAGAUGAUGUAUGGCUACGUCCAGUCUCAGAGUCAACACCAGCACCAGCAUCAACAUCAUGCGCAGCAGCAGCAGCAACAGCAACAGCAGCACCACCACCAGCAAGACCAUGCCGCUAACUCGGCCUUCUCCUCGGGCAUCCUGUCUACUGCUGCCCCCUUCACCCCGAGCAGCCAUCAAAACGGCGUCGCCCGAACUCAGCAGAGCCAACUUGCCGGCGAGCUUCUAUCCGAGCAGGCAAAGGCCUACGAAGAGAGUAGACGUGCCCACCAGUCCAUGACCGAGCAGCACCAGCCGCACUUUUUCGCUAGGGCCAAAGCGGCCGAGAACCGCGGUGUUGGGCCUGUCCUACCCGCCAGCAUCACCACCCCCAGCAAUACGAACAAUGGCACUGGAAACGACCAGCUUGACGGCGAGGAAGAAGACCGGGGCCGGCCUGUCAAUGUCGACAAGAACGAGGACCGUCAAGACUGGCAGAGCUUGGAUCUCAGUGGCCAAGGACUCCGCGCCAUUUCUCUGACUGUCUUCGACCGCUAUGCCUUUGUCGAGGAGCUCUAUCUCUGCUCCAACAAUCUGACUUAUCUCCCUCCUGCCGUUGGUCAGCUGCGCAAGCUUCGCCAUCUCGACCUAUCCAACAAUCAUCUCACCGAGUUGCCGCCGGAGCUGGGCAUGUGCACUCCGCUACGGAAGCUGCUCGUGUUUAACAACCAGAUCCGUGACCUCCCCUUUGAGCUAGGCGCGUUACACCAUCUCGAGCUCCUGGGCAUUCAGGGCAACCCCUUGAAUAGCGAGAUGAAGCAGAUGUUAAUGGAGGAUGAUACCAAGGGUCUGAUCAGCUAUUUGAAGGAGCAAGCUCCAGUGCCCAUGCCCCCCGAGCCACGUAUGCCCAUUCCCCUGCAGGAAGGAGUUUCGUCAAACCUCGAGCGGAUACGGGUGCUCUCCUGGAACACUCUAUGCGACCGCUACGCAACGACGGCGCAGUAUGGAUACACCCCCGUCGGUGCCUUGGACUGGGAAUACCGAAGGAGUGUCAUUAUGGAUGAGUUUCGCCAGCGUGACGCAGACAUUCUCUGUCUGCAAGAGAUCGCGGGUGAUGCCUUUGAGAACUUCUUUACUCCUGAGCUGGCACAGCUGGACUACCGUGGCGUUCAUUACCCCAAAACCCGUGUGAGCCACAUGCGCGACAAGACCGAACAAGGCCUCGUCGAUGGGUGUGCGAUAUUCUUCAAGAACACCAAGUACAUCUUGCUAGACAAACAACUGGUUGACUUCCGUAGUAUGGCCAUCAACCGACCCGACAUGAAGACUACCGAGGAUGUAUUCAACCGAGUCAUGCCCAAGGACAACAUUGGCAUGUUUUGCUUCUUUGAGUCGCGAGCCACUGGUGCACGUUUCAUUGUCGUCAAUGCUCACCUUUGCUGGGAGGGUCAUCUGUCCGAUGUCAAGGCCGUUCAGACAGGUAUACUAAUGGAGCAAAUCACCAAGAUGUCGGAGAAGUACACUCGGCGACUGCCCAUCAGCCUAAGCGAGAAAUGUCUGGUCAGGUCCGUCACCACUGAUGUGGUGUCCGAGUUGGACUCCGACCAGAUGGAGUCGCCUCCGGCUGCAAGCCAAGAAUACCGGAGCAAUACUGACAUACCAUUGUUGGUUUGUGGCGAUUACAACUCAAUAGAUGAUAGCUCCGUCUAUGAGCUCCUGGACCGUGGCAGAGUGGCUCCGGACCAUCCUGAUCUCGUCGGCCACUCCUAUGGCAACUUCACACGAGAUGGCAUCUCACAUCCUUUCAGCCUUCGCUCGGCAUAUGCACAUGUUCGCAACACCCCUGACGAUUUGACCUUUACCAACUACGUCCCCACGUUCAAUGGAGUGAUUGACUACAUCUGGUAUUCUACCAAUACACUCGAGGCAACCGAACUGCUGGGACCGCCAGAUUACAACUAUCUGAAGCGUGUUCCAGGUUUCCCUAAUUACCAUUUCCCAUCUGACCACAUUCAGAUCAUGGCAGACUUUGUAUUCAAACCUCGCAAGGAGAAAAAGGUCGCGGGAGAUCACGAGAGGGGCUCCGCCUCAAGGAUAUAA